CAGGGCCGAAAGAGUAACGUAUUUAUUACUGACUUUUUUUUAUAUGAAAUAACUGUUCUUCGUUUGGAACUAAGGCGGAACUGACGCAAUGUGGCACAUAUGAGGAGCAAGUUCUUUUGCUGCGAUCCGCACCACAGUUGCUCCGAGAGCCCUGACCCAGCCGAGUUCGAGCGAAGAUGCCCCACAAAAGAAGAGGACACGGACAUCACAAGCAGAAAAAGGAGGCAGAUGAGUCGCAGUCGAGCCAGGACACACCCAAACCGGCAGCCCAGGUCACCACAGUGAAGCCAGCUGAGUUUGAGACAAAAUCAAGCUCCACCAUGGCUUCCAAGCCUGGGGUGACAACGGCAAAAGGGGGACUUUCUGGAAGCACUUCCGUUGGUGGAAUAGGCAGAGAGACUACACAGGCUAAACCCGAGGUCAAAGCUUCAGCUUCAAGUUCUGCUGCUGCUGGGGGAACUGCUGCAGCAGCAUCUGCGACCAAACCAGAAGACAAAGCCAAGGUGCAAGUGGAAGUUCCUGCUGCAGCAUCAAAGGAGGCCAAAAAGGCUGCAUCAGAUCCAUUUGAUGCUUUGAACAGCUUACUACCGCCAUCCACUGUGCCUAAGGCCCCUGAAACUAUAGCUCCAGGCCUGGAGGUCUCAGAGCAUGAGGUCACAUCUGAGACACUGGAGAAAUGUGGCGAACGUGAGGACACUCUGCCUCCAGGCUACAGGUUUGAGGACAUGCCUCCUGUUCCAGCAGAUGUUAAACCCAAGGAUGUUCCUAAACCUCUGAGCACCGACGAGGCCCUGGAUUCACUCUCAAGUGGUUUCCUGAGCUCGACUGCUCCGGCUGCAUCCAAAAUGCAACAGAGCCAUGUUGAAAGUGUCAGUGCCUCGGCUGCUGCCCCAUCUAACUUUGCUCCACCCCCGACAAAGAAAGCAGACACCUCAUCCCCCCCAGCUGACAAGAAAGCCAAACUAGAGAAGGCCGAAAAGUUGGCUGCUGGAAUCUCUGCCACACCUUUUAAGAAGGGGGGGUCUUCCCCUCCAGCCGACAAGAAAGCCCGGAUGGAAAUGAAAGAUACAAAGGUGGGCGCCAAGAAAGAUGCGGGUGGAGAUUUGUCACUGGAUGCUCUUGGUGCACUUGGUGACUUGCUGCCUACAUCUCAGCCAGAACCGGAGCAGCCGCCACCCAAAGACAUUGUGACAGAGGACAAGCACAAGAAGGAAAAAGGAGUUCGUACUGGCGAGAACGACAACACCAUCCAUCCUGACUACAGGUUUAACAAGGAGGAACUGGAGAAACUGCCAGCACCAAAACCUGAACCGACAAUGGGCACAGACGAGGCGCUCGACAUCUUGUCAGGAGGCUUCUCUUCCAUUCCUACGGAACCUGCGGCCUGCUGGGCUGCUCCAAAAGUCCUCUGCCCUGUUGAAGAGACUCUUGUCGAAAAGGUGGACCCCAAAAAUAAAGCAGGGGAGCCUGAAGCCCAGAAAGCAGCUGACUGCCAAGUGGAUGGGAUCGUCAUAGAACCAGUUCAGCCCAAGAAGCCGAAGAAGAAAACUCCCCCUGCUGAAGAGGAUCCUUUAUUGGCCAUCGCUCCUUCUGUUCAGGAAGUUCAAAUUUGCCACGGAGCACCUUCUGUGAAACGUCCAGUAGAAGAGAAGCUCCCCAAACUGGUUGACUCUUCAAAGAAAGAUAACGCGCCCCCUGCUGGAGAUGAUCCUUUUCUUUCCAUCACUCCUUCUGUUCAGGAACUCCAAAUUUGCCACGGUGCACCUUCAGUGAAGCGUCCUGUCGAGAAUCCACAGGCAUGUGUAGCCCCUCCUGUGGUGUCUUGCACCUUCGAACCCAAUCCCAAAGAUGCAACGGACUCCAUGUCAUCAGACGCUCUCUCAGCACUUAUGGACACGCUGCCCAUGGAUGCCCCCAAACCAGAGCCUCCCAAACUCAGACCUGAGGACAUUGUCUCGGAGGAUGAGCUGAAUAAGGAGAAAGGUGUUCGCGUCGGAGAAGAUGAAAACACGCUUCCACCUGAUUACAGAUUUAAUGAGGAAGAACUCAAGAAGCUUCCUCCUCCAAAACCCCAGCCCACCAUGGAUACUGGUGAAGCUCUGGACAUUUUGUCUGGUGACUUUGUGACUCCGUCUGCACCUCCUGCACAGGAGCCUGAAGCCCAGAAAGCAGCUGACUGCCAAGUGGAUGGGAUCGUCAUAGAACCAGUUCAGCCCAAGAAGCCGAAGAAGAAAACUCCCCCUGCUGAAGAGGAUCCUUUGUUGGCCAUCGCUCCUUCUGUUCAGGAAAUUCAAAUCUGCCACGGUGCACCUUCUGUGAAACGUCCAGUCGAAGAGAAACUCCCCAAACAGAAAGACACCCCAGCUGUGGAUUUUGUUGCUCCCACGAAUGUAUCUAAUCUUCAGUCUUCACUUCCUUCAGUACCACAGCCGACAGUUUGUCCACUACAAGAGCCCAUGAAAAUUGAUUGCAAAAUGCCAGGAGCAGCCAAGAAGGACCAGCCUGACUCGGCGAUGUCAGGUGACGCUCUGUUGGAGCUCGGGGAUUUGCUUCCCGCUGCAGUGCCGGUGCAAGAACCACCCAAAAUCAGACCCGAGGACGUGGUUCCGGAGGACGAGGUGGAGAAGGAAAAAGGUGUUCGUGUCGGUGAGGAUGACGAAACCCUCCCACCGGACUACAGGUUUUCUGAGGAGGAGCUGAUGAAGCUGCCAGCUCCCAAACCGGAGCCCACCAUGAACACUGGUGACGCACUGGACAUCUUGUCUGGAGACUUCACCACGUCUUCGACAGCUCCUGCAGUCCAGUGCGCUAUGGUCCCGCCCUCGGUCCUGCCCUCGGCCCCGCCGGCACAGGCUCCAGACGAUUUCGCUCUGGACAGCUUAACUCAAGAUUUUGCCGCCUGCUCGGCCGCUCCUUCAGUGAAAUGUGAACCUCUCGUUCCCAUGGAAACCGCACCUCACCUGGAGACCGGUGCAGACUGCGCCCUGGACGCUCUCUCCGACACCCUGAAGGACAUCACGCCGGCCCCGCGGCCCGUUGAAGUUCCCACCAAAGACAUUGUCAAGGAGAAGAAGGUGGUAGAAGAGAGGCUGAUCAAGAUGGGAGAGCGAGAUGACACACUGCCUCCUGAAUACAGACCCACAGAGGAAGAUCUGAAGGAAAUGAAAAAGGCAGAUGUGACACCAAAGCCACCGAUGAGCACGGAAGGAGCUUUGGAUUUGCUGUCCAGUGAAUUUGCCAGCGCUCCAGACCCUCCUGUCGCCCAGCAAGACGUUGCUGCGGUGCAACAGGUUCUGCAGUCAGAGCCCACACAGCCAAUGGCUGCUCCGGUCCUGGACACCCUGUCUGACACCCUGCUGCCAGACGACUUCCCUGCCAAGGCCAAAGCAGACAAACCGAAGGGCAAGAGCAAGUCCAAGUCAAAGUCAAAAAAACAACCUGCAGAAGAUCUGUCGGCCACGGACCUGCUCUCCGCUCAGCUGACCACAGAUGUGGUGCCCACACCUGGAGGAAAGAAGUAGACGGCACGCUGAGAUGGUCUCCAGAGAAGACAGGGGAGCAUCAGUGAGGACCCUCUCUGGGAAAUAAUGAUCUGUGUUUUUUUAAAGAAUGUAAAGCAAGUUCAUACACAUAUCUAUUCACAGAAAUUCUGCCGCACCUUUGCCACAUUUAGUUAAAAACAACAUCAUUGAUGUCGAGGAAGUGGGAUACAAAGUUAGAUCUGUCAGCUGAGGUUUCUAUAGCAACACACCAGCUCUGGCUUUUCUUGUUUCUUCUCGAGUGGCAGGUGAGCUGAGAACUUGUGCAGUCUUCUUCCUGAUCUGGCCGAACACUAGUGUACAGCUUGGUUUGCGUCGUUGACAAGGUUGUUUACAUGACGAAAAUAUGUAUUUUUCUGCCUUUUUUUAGAGAACUAACUGCCAAAUUAAGAAGGGUGUUUCGCUGGUGUCCAGAAGUGCACUUAUUAAUCGCCCCCUUUGUAUACUGUAAAAAGACUUUUGUUCAAAUACACUGUAUCGGUUAAAAAAAAAGGACUCGCCCCUUUUCUUCCCCAACUCUUUUUAUGUCAAAUGUGUGUGUGGGUGUGAGACACAAGAUGUUUUUAAAAAGGUGGGAGUAGUAUUAAGUUAAUGAAUACAACAUGUGUAUGGUGUGCUUGUACUGCAAAUAAAAACAAAUUUGACAUAAAGC